AUGUACUUAUUUUUAGGUGUUGAAUCAGUUUCUGAUGUUCAUCAACAAUUAUUAAAUUUUGAUUCAAACGACGAACAUACACCACCAUUAACUCAUCAUCCAAUACAACAACAACAAGUAUUUCAACAGCAACAUUUACAUUCUUAUGACCAAGAAGUUCCCGAACAACAAAAUGUUUCUGACAAUUACGAAUAUCCCCAAGAAGAAUCAUCAAUAGAAGACGAGGAAGAAGAAGAAGAAGAAGAGGGAGAAGACGAAGAAGAAGAAGAAAUUAGUCAAAAAGAAGUGGAACUUAUUAAUCUCGAGGAUUACAUUGCUGGCGGCAUUAACCGUUCACCAGAAGAGAAUUUACCAAUAAACGGCGGUGGUCGGAGUAGAAGAGGAAGAAUUGCAGCUGAAGCAAUUAAUCAACGAGCACAAUUAUUACAUUCCGGAAUCUCAGAAGAUUCUGAUUACACUUCCGAAAUUUCUUUUCAACCCGGAGCGCAUCAACAACAACAACAUCAAGCAAACGCUUCUGCACAUCAAUACGAGUCUCACUUGCGUAGAACAACGAUUAAUCAACAGCAGCAACCUUCAAUUUCUAAUAGACUUGUUCCCUCCGAUAAUUAUUUUCCUUCAACUUCUUCAAACAUUCAAUGGGAUACUUCAGAAUACUCACAACAACAACAAUAUGUCCCUGAAGGUUUACUUUAUUCGCAACAACAGAGACAUAACCAACGAUUAUUCCAUCCAAAUUUAGUUGACAAUAGAAAUACCCCUCCAUCUCUAACACCUCAAUAUUUUGCAGAUGGGCAACAAUAUUAUGAAGAAGAAGAACAACAAUCAACUCAACAAUAUUAUACUGAUAAUUUUGAUGAUGACAGUCAAACUGAUUCAAAAACGUUUGAUCAAAUUCAAAAUAUCGACGAAAACUUCUAUCAUGGGGGCAACCAAAUUUCUUCUUCGCCUUUUGCUGUUUCUUCUUCACAUAUUCCAAGGCUUCAAUCUUCUCAAUCUAGUAGUAGAAAGGAUAACAGAAAUGGGCGAAUUGGUGGUCAUCAAUUUAAAAAUGUGCAAGAAGUAUUUCCUUCCCCAUCAUUUACUUCUUCUGUCGGCGAUGGUGGAGGUGGUGGAGGGAGUGGCCGUGCUGGCUUUACAGAUAGUCGAAGUAGUAAUUCAACAGUCCAACAAAUGAAUGAGAGUAGUAGAAGAAGCCGUGCAGGAAAUUAUUAUGAUUCUGAAUCUGAUGGAUUUACUUCAACUGGAACGGUAGUUCCAGUCAAUAUUCAUGAACUUCCAAAUUGGCGAACAACAAUAACUCAGCAACAUUCUCAGCAUCAACAAGGUUUUAAUGAAGACCAAGAAGAAUAUGUAGUUGAAGGAGAGGAAGAAGAAAUUGAGGAAGAGGUAGAUGGAGAAGGGGGAGAAAGAGGAAGAAGAAGGAGGAGGGAAAUUGAAAUAAAUGAAGAUUUUGGAAGAUUAAAUGAAGAAAAGAAAAUAAAUAAUGAAAGAAGAAAAAUACAACCAAGUGAACAAGAAUUGUUAGCAGAGAUUGAAGAGUAUAAAGCAAAGUUGGCAGCUGCCGGAAGACAUUAUGAUAGUCAACAAGCGGGCACAUUUAACUCAAAUGAAGAUGAAAAAGAGAAGAAAAAAGAAAAAGCAUUGGAAAAGCUAAAAGAAGACGAGAAAAAUAACAUUUCAAUGGUGCCUGGCACGUCUGCUAAUACUAGUAAUAGUAGUAGAACCUUUUCUUGCUUUAAACAAAACAAAAAUGGAGAAGAAAAAGAAAAAUUAUUUGACCCAGAGGAGGAGGAGGAGCCACUUUCUUAUAAUAGUCGGCCAUCUGCGCGCUUAUUAGAAGAAAGAAAAGAAAAUAAUAAUAAUAACGGAGCACAACGUCAACAGCAUUUUUCUUCUGGAAUUGAAUUUGGGGAGUCAUCUGAAGCUGCGGUGGUAACUCAUGGAAUGGAUGAAGAUUAUGGGAUUGGUUAUGAGGAUCCUCUUCGUGGUCAAGGAGUCUAUUAUACUCGUUCAGGCCAAUUUCCCCCACACCACCAAGAAGAAGAAAAUGAAAUUAAUCGGGAAUAUAGACAACAACAAGAAUAUAAUGAUUAUCAAAUAAAUUCUACCGAUGACUUGUCGAAACAACAAGCAAACAACACAAUACCUCCACGUAUUUCCUUGUCUUGUGAAAAUGAGCAACGACCUACUAAAGAUUAUUUACAGCUUUGGAAAUGGGCUUAUAGAGAGGCUUGUAAACAAGCUGGAAUUACGAGUUCUGUUUUCGAUGCUGACGGUCACUUUUUGAUGCCUUCCAGUGUUGGUGCGCGUGCUACUGUUGGAAGUGCCUUUUAUCGUUCCAUCGAUGCUAUGCCAUCAAUGAAUGCUUCUUCAACAAAAAAGUCUAUUCCAGUCAGCGAAUUGGUGCUCAAGACAAUGGCCACAAAAAGGACAGCUUUAGCAAAUGCUGCAAAAACAACUGUACAGGAUCAUGAAUUGAAACAAUUAGUUUACCGAAAGUGCCUUCAAGCUCUUAUUUAUCCAAUAAGUGCAACAACUCCACAUAAUUUCCAAAUGACCAACUUUCAAACUCCCACCUGGUGCUAUGAAUGUGAAGGUCUUUUGUGGGGAAUAGCACGGCAAGGUCUUCGCUGCACAGAAUGUGGUGUAAAAGUACAUGAUAAAUGUCGAGAACUUUUAAGUGCUGAUUGUUUACAAAGAGCAGCUGAAAAGAGUAGCAAACAUGGGGAAGGGGAUAGAGCACAAAAUUUAAUUGCAGUAAUCCAUGAAAGAAUGAAAAUGCAGGAAAGAAACAAACCAGAAAUUUUUCAAAGAAUUCAAGAAGCUUUUGGAUAUAAUGAAAAUAUACAACAAGAAACAUUACGUGCAGUUAAAGGUUCUAUACUUGAAGGAAGUUCUAAAUGGAGUGCAAAAAUUCAACUUACUGUUAUUUGUGCAAAAGGCUUAAGUGGCAAAGAUAAAACGGGCAAAAGUGAUCCUUAUGUUACUGUGCAAGUUGGCAAAGUACGAAAGAGAACAAGAACAAUACAUCAAGAAUUAAAUCCAAUAUGGAAUGAGAAAUUUUCUUUUGAAUGUCAUAAUUCUACUGAUCGAAUAAAAGUACGUGUUUGGGAUGAAGACAACGAUUUAAAAAGUAAAUUACGUCAAAAAUUGACUCGCGAAUCUGAUGAUUUUCUUGGUCAAACAAUUAUUGAAGUUCGGACAUUAUCUGGUGAAAUGGAUGUUUGGUAUAAUUUGGAAAAACGUACUGACAAAUCAGUUGUUAGCGGAGCAAUUCGUCUUUACAUAAAAGUAGACAUUAAAGGAGAAGAAAGAUUAGCACCAUAUCAUUCACAAUAUACUUGUUUACAUGAACAUUUAUUUUUGCAUCAAUAUAAGGAAGACGAUGUUCAAUUACCACAACAACAACAACUAGCAGCUGAUGAGGCUUGGAGAAUAUAUUUUGAUGAAGUUGGGCAAAUGAUUGUUGAUGAAUUUACAAUGCGUUAUGGAAUUGAACAGAUAUAUCAAGCAAUGACUCAUUUUGCCUGUCUUUGUACUAAAUAUAUGUGUGUUGGUGUUCCCGCGGCUUUAUCUACAUUAUUAGCAAAUAUUAAUGCCCAUUAUGCACAUGCAACUGCUACUGCUGCUGUUUCUGCUCCCGAUCGCUUUAAUGCAACAAACUUUGGAAAGGAUCGAUUUGUCAAAUUGCUGGAUCAAUUACACAAUUCUUUGCGUAUUGAUUUGGGAAUGUAUAGGAAAUACUUCCCAGCCUCAAAUUUUGCCAAAUUGCGUGACUUAAAAUCUACAGUUGAUUUGCUUACUUCAAUAACUUUUUUCCGAAUGAAGGUAUUAGAAUUAGCUAGUCCUCCACGUGCUUCAAAUGUUGUUAGAGAAUGUGCAAAGGCUUGUAUGGAGGUAGAGUUAUUUUUUUAA